AUGGACCAAAACAUAAACAACGUGAAUAUGAACCUUCCUCUCUACGACUUAGAGCCGUGUUCGGCGCAGCACAGCGGCGCGUUAGCCGCUCUCCGCUUGCUACGGAGCUACAACCACUUCUUACCACCAGACGUGCCAAGCAUGGUCGGCCCGCUGCUUGCCGCGCUGCCGCCGCCUCCGUGCUUGCCCUACUGCCAGCAUCUGCCCAUGCGCAGCCCGCAACCUCUCCACGGGCUGUCAGAGGAGGCCCGCCGUCGCGGCGAGAAGCGGCCGAUCCCCGCCGAGUUGAAGGACGAGAAGUACUUCGAGAGACGACGGCGGAACAACCAAGCUGCCAAGAAGUCCAGAGACGCGCGCCGAGUGAGAGAGGACCAGAUCGCCUGGCGAGCUUGUCUGCUCGAGCAAGAGAAUGCUUCGCUUCGCGCACAUGUCGCGGCGCUCAGACAAGAAGCCAUCACUUUGAGGGCGCUGCUAGCGGCUGAUGAGCCAGCCGUACCCACUAGUACCACAGCUGACUAA